UUCUAAGUGUUAAGAUAUCGACAAUCAAAAUUAAAUAGGAAACGUGAAUAAUAGAGAAUCAAAAUAGAAAUUUAUGUGGUUUAUUAAUAGUGUAUUGGCUACGUCCAUGAACAGAAAGAGAGAGCAGUUUUAUUAUUAAAAAGAAAAAUAUUAGAUCUCAGUUUAUAAGGUGCCUCUAGAAUUAGAGAAAUUAUAUGGUACAUUCCUCCAAUCCCUAGGAUUAAAAUCGUAAGUAAUGUAAAUAACAUAAUUAUGAAUUUAAUUUAGCGAGAUUCCAUACUUGAUUAUUUGGAGCGAUAAAUAAAAAAUUCAAGACAUUAAGAUUACGAAGAAAGCAGAAACAGAUUACAGAAGCCAUGGUGGUGGUCAACCAGCAAAGGCAAGUUGAUGAUGGAAGCAUGCAGUUGGUGUACAAUAUAAGGUCAGCAAGCAUUAACUAUGGCCUAGAAAUUAUUCAAUUGUCCAUUACCAAACAUCAUGGUUCGUAGGACCAUUUAUCAAAGCAAGCCACUUUUUCACUUUAUUUAUUUAUUUUAUAUCAUUGAAAGAGAUUCAUUCUGCAACAUUCACAUCUAUUUUUAGAUUACAACCUACUGAUUGUUUUCAGAUUAAUCAGCAGCCUACUGAUGUAUCUAAUCCACAGUUUAAUUAGAAUGAUCAACACCUAUCGAAGUCAUAUUUUAUGUGUUUUUAGAUGAGGCUUAUCUUGAUGUUUUUGAAGAAAAGUGAAGAGAAGUUGGAAAUUCUAUAUUGGUCCCCAUGAUAAGGAUGGAAAUGUUAAAAAUUAAUUGUUUUAGGCUAUUUUGACAAGGACCCACUUUUCAAUUCUUGUUCCUUCUCUCUCUCUCUCUUCUUUGGUAUUGGAGACAUGAGUGUAUUUGUUUAAUGUUUUUCAUUUUUUUCUUUGUUACUCUUAAAAGUUGUUAAGUUUAGAAAGAAAUAAAUAAAAGAGAUCAGUAAGUUCUAAAAAUUGUCUCUGUCACUUUGCUCUCUAAAAGCUAGAUAUCAAGUUGAUUUUAUAAUUUACAAAGGAUUAGAAAAGAAUCUUUUCAACUAAAGAGUUUUUUAUCCAUGUGGUUAAAGCUAUGGAAAUAAGGGUCACACUUUUCACUUUGAGAGGAGCAAAAGAAUUUCUUUGGUUUUUUCACCUCUUCUGUUUGACUUAACCAAAGGGAAAAAAUAAAUGUUGACAUAACAAUGUGGUUGCAGGCCCAUGAUACAAGAGAAUCUAUCCUAACUUUCUUUCUUUUUCCUUUGUGGUUAUGAGAGCAAGAAUGUCUUUUCCUUUGUAUACUUCCAACCCACUAAAACACAUUCUUGUCAUUUUCAUUCUAAUAUCAAUUCUCAUUGUUAUCGAGAGCAAAAGAGAGAGAGAGAGCUAAGAAUGGAAGAGGAGUUUCAAGGGAGACCAACAGAGUUGCAACUGCAAUGUUGCAGUGCAAGGAUCAUGUCCCCAGAGAUCGUCGAGAUCGGAGAGGAAAGUAAGAGUAUUAUUAGUAGCAGAGACAGUGGCGCAACCGACGUCUAUGUCGCCGUUGGUAAAGAUGAUAUAGAUGUGCUUAAAUGGGCCCUUAAUCAUGCUGUCACACCUGGUUGUUGUGUCUUUCUUGUCCAUGUUUUUCCUCCUCUCACCUACAUCCCUACACCAGUUGGAAGAUUAGCAAGGAGCCAACUGAGCCAAGAACAAUUAAGAGUGUAUAUCAAUGAAGAAAACAACAGAAGGAGAAAUUUGUUGCAGAAAUACAUCCGCUUAUGCACUGAUGCCAAGGUGACAGUGGACACAUUGCUUCUAGAGAGCAACACAACAGCCAAAGCAAUCCUUCAACUAAUUCCAGUGCUCAAUAUUACAAAUUUGGUCAUAGGGACUAAAAAGCCACUUUCCACAAGGCUAUUAGGGAAAAGAAUGACAAAAGGAGAGUUUGUGAAAAAGAAUGCACCAGAAUUUUGUGAGGUUACCAUUGUUUAUGAAGGCAAAAAAGUGGAUGAGCGUCAACAGGAAAUGGGGUUGCUUUCUUCUUCGCAAGAUUCCGAUUGCGGGCGGCGGCGGCGCUCCGGAAAGAACUUGUUCGAGUGGGUUUGCUUGUCGAGAAGGUCGGGUUGCGAUUGAUGGGUUGUGCUUUGUUAGUGCAAUGAACAACACAACAAGAAGAGGAUCACCAUUUUUACUUAAUUUUUGGCUUGUUUGAAUAAACCGGUUGACAUUGUGAUGAAAGGAUACAGAAAAAUACCAUAUCAGCUAGUUUGUAAGUUAGCGGCAACAGCAUUUGAAAUGAAAACGAAUUAUUAUGCAUAGAAA